AUGGCACGCCAAAUCUUUGCUUUUGCUUUGGUCUUAAUUGCUUUAAUCGGGUUGGUUUCCGCUGCCAAUGAUGCUGAUAGUACACCACUUGGUCCCGCCAUUGCAUCCACCAUACCAGAUGUUAAAAUCAUCGGUACCAUUGAUGACGCAAGUGCACCAUCUCCGAAUGCUGCUGCUAUUGAUGUUGUUGCUACCCCUCUUGGCAGUGGGCCGGAUGCUAAAAAUUUUGCUCCUCCUCCUAGUGAUGCAACCACUGUUGGUGUCUCCACCAUACAGGCAGCGGCCAUCACCGGGGCAGUUGUCAUAGCUGGCUACUUCGUCUUCUAA